ACUAGAAAGUAGCACUCUCUCCACUUUUGACUGCUACGCGGCCGCUGAGCAUAUAUUUAUCAAAGCGGCUCCACGUUCGAGCGGUCGUAAUCAUCACUUCUCGCGGACACGGUCGAAAACCGUGGUCCGCGCCGUGCUGCAUACAUUCCAACACCCUGCCCGGGGCAGCGGGAGCCGGCUACGCCGCCGCAGAAGUGCAGCGGGAGCUGCUACGCCGCGCAGACGUCCAAGCAUGGACACCAAAUUCCCGGAGGACGAGACGGACCCGGCAAAGAUGAAGAAGCUCCUCGCCGCCAUGUCGCCGGCCCAGGAGGACCGGUUCGAGCAGGCGCGGCGGGCCCGCUUCAAGCCGAACCACCUCAAGAAGCUCGCGGUGAUCGCGGACCGGGGGCCGUUGGACGAUGGGGGCGCCGUCGUGCUGGCGUCGCUGGCGAAGAGUCGCGUCGCGGAGCUCGUGAGGGCGGCGCGGGAACGGAAGCCAGGCGAGGGGGCGUUAUUGCCCUCUGAUUAUGCGGCGGCGGCGCGAGCUCUGCAACGACGAGGAAGAGUCCAGGUCGUGGGGUCGCACAAGAAGCCGCGCUUGGACGGCCCGGCCGUCGUCGACGCCGACGAGCUCCUCUAGUACUAGUAAAGAUGUGAUG